GUUUUUUUAUUAUUCAUUCCUUCUUCUUCCUCCCAUUUUAUACCUUUUCCUUAAUUUCUUUGAAUCAGAACUAAAUAAAGCAAUAUCCAAAUGUGUUUGUAUAUAGAUACACAUUACUGUCAAUUAUAUGCGUGUGUGUGUGUUUGUGUAUAGAGACUAUAUAAGUAGUAGAAAAGGUGAAGGCAAUGUGGGAAACAGAAGUAAACGGAGAUUUUUGAAUUAUGUGGAGACUUAAGUGGAGUACAGCAGAUAUCAUGAAUGGAUUUGUGGAGUAUCAGUAGGAUUUGAAGAUGAUGAUGGUAACCGGUGCUAGCAGAAGAGGCAUUAAUGAUAAGUGAAGGGAAGAAGUAGAAGAAGAAGAGGAGGAUGGCGGGGGUUGCAGCACUGGUCGAAUUCUAGGGUUCGUGGUGGUGGUGGGAGCUAAACCUUGUGAAUGUGGUGGUAAUGAUGCCGGUGGCUCUGGCAAAAUAUGCUGAGACUGCGGUGCUGCGGAUGGAGCUUCUGCUGCCGCUAUUGCCUUGGAAGCUGCUAAAAUUUCAAAGUUAGCAAUAAGGUUAAUGAUUCUGUAAGUUUAAUUUCUGGUUUGCUAUUUACAGUACAGAUGAUAUGAGGUUACCUUGGGGACUCGGAGAAGAUGAAUCAGUUGGUGGAAGGCUUGGCCCAAGCAAUACAGGAUUAGGACCUGUAUGUCAACAAGCUUCAUUUCAACAUAGAUGUUCCAAUUUAAAGUUCAGAGAUCCCAUAUUACAAGCUUGGGGGAGAGAGAGAGCCAGGGUUCUAUUAAUGGGAAGCUGAAGAGGGACAUUGGCAGUGAUAAUGAGACAAGUACAGUCCCUACCAGUUGUCAAGAGAGUGCUUAAUGAGCUGCAACAGCUUGAAGAUGGAGAAGAAGACCCAUUGCUGCUACUCCCUGUUAUAAAAUUUAGACAUGGAGUGACGCUAGAGAUCAUGGAGGGUGUGCAUGAUGUAGUGAUCAUCUGCCCAUUCACUGAAAUACCACUCAGUAAGAUCCCGAUCAUAACUCCGAAAACCUUUAACAUCUUCGUGGUUGAUCUAUGAACAAUUAGACUAUUGUGUUGCACAGAUAAAAUCAAUAUUGAUAUAACUUCUUCAGGUGAUUUAAGGAUUUACAGGCUUUGUAAAAAAAUUGGUUGAUUUGAAAUGGGUUUUUGGAGUUCAACCACCUUCAACUAAAUUUCAUUAGUGAAUAAACUUUUCCUUAAUUUUCCUGAUGUGUGAUGAUAUAGCAGAUCUGGGUAGGUGAAUUUGGCAUGAUUAAUUGCUGUAUUUGGAUUGUCAUUUGUUAAUAGACAGUUGAUUUACAACAUAAGUCUUGGGUCAAUUGGGUGAAUGUCCAAGUCGAUAGUUUUGACUAGGUCGAGGAUGUUUACAAUGGAUCAACUUGAUUAGAGAAUAUAUAUUAUAGUAAUUACUGUCGUUUUCAAUGACAUUUCUACAUUUCGUUAAUUAGACGAUAUAUAUAACACAUAAAAACGUAAAGUCUGAUUAUAAUUUACAACUUCUUAUAGAAGUAGCGACCAUACGGUCAAAAAAUGGUUAGUAAUUAUCGGUAUGUUCAUUAAUGACAAGUGCUACUAUUUUGAAAAUGUUAAAAAUUCUGAUCUAUGAGUAAAAGUAAUUGAUUGAAAGUUGAAUAACAUGACACUUUCAUUAUGUAAAUCUUAGAUGUGUUUAAAAUGUAUAUACAUACAUUCACUCAGGUGUUAUUGAUGAAUUACAUGCAUUUUAAUUUAUUCAAAAAAUUAUUCCCUUAAGCAAGAAGUUUGAAAAGAGAAGGAUCUAGAAGUGGUUUAAUUAGAAAUCACAAGCCUCCUUGGUUUAGUAGAAUUUGGUAAUCAGAAACAUACCAAUACUUUUUGUCUUUUUCCACUCAAAACUUUGUAUAUAUACACCCAUUGUCUUUGGCUUUCUUCUCAAUCCAACUCCAACCAAAAUCCUUGACUCUAAACAAUCAAGCUAGCUAAAUUAAAGUUUUGACAAGCCACUUAAAUGGCUUCAAGGGGAUGUCAAAUGGGUCUGGUGGCCAUGGUGGUGCUUGUAGCCAUGCUUUGUGGUAGAGCCAUGGCUCAAUCAGGUUGCACUUCUGUAAUCACCAGCCUGGCUCCAUGCCUCAACUACAUCACAGGCAACUCAUCCACCCCAUCAUCUUCUUGUUGCUCCCAGCUGGGCAAUGUGGUUCAAUCCUCACCACAAUGCCUUUGCUCUCUGCUUAAUGGAGGUGUCCCCCAGUUAGGCAUCAGCAUUAAUCAAACUCUUGCUCUCUCGCUUCCUGGUGCCUGUAAUGUGCAAACUCCGCCAAUUAGCCAGUGUAACGCUGGAAAUGGACCAACAACUACGGGAACUUCUCCGGUUGGUUCUCCAACUGGGUCUCCGGCAGAUCCUUCUGAUGACACACCCGAUGCUGCAACUACUCCAUCUGCCUCAGAAAUCCCUUCAGGAACAGGAUCCAAGACUGUCCCAUCCACAGAGGAACACUGGUCGAAUUCUAGGGUUCGUGGUGGUGGUGGGAGCUAA